CCAUAAAAAUAGAAAGCUGGGGAAGGCAGCUGUAUCCACCACUCUUCUCUGCUACCUUCUUUGGCGGGAAAUAAAAGCCACUCUUCACUGGCUUUCUGAAUUCUGAGUUCAAACUCAACCAAUCUUUCCUUCGAAUUGAGAUAUUCCACUAGGAAAUCGUUUAAUGUUCUCGAUUGUUUGAAUCCGUUCAAUCGGAACUGGAAAAUAAACCCCAAUUUCGGAUCAUGCGACCUGGAAACCAAUAAAUUUCAGAGUUCGAGGACGCAAAGUAAUGGAGGAUCGUCUACCCAAGAGGCUUUCCGUGAAAGCCCAUCAAUCCAGUUGGAAGGAAAAGCUGCGGGAGAAUUGUUUCAAAAGGAUAAAGGAGGACCGUACCCGUUUGAUUUGGAAAACGAGAUUACCUGUGGAAUCAUCUAUGAAUAAAAAGGAAAUUAUGGAAUCUGCUUUUAGGAAUAUUGUUUCUGAGGAACUGAGAAAAAUAAAAGACCCAUCUUUGGAUGAUGACAUUGAAAUUCCAACUUGUGCUGUUGUGGACAACGAUAUUCUGUGGGAAUAUGAUGGUGUUCCCACUUCUUCUCAGUCAACUGAAGGUGAAUGCGAAAAGAUAAUGUUAGAACUGCAAAGGAUAUUUUAUGAAGAUCUCAAGGAGGAACCGAGUACUAGAGAGCUGGAAGAAUAUGAUGGAACUUGGGAAGACAAAGAAGAUGAGUACUUAGCUCGUGCAGUUUUGGAGCAUAUGCAACUCAGUGAUGAUCAGCAGGUACACCAGGAGGUUUGGUGUCCCGUCUGUAAACAGGGAAAGAUGCAAGAGAAUCGUCAUUUUAUAUACUGCACCCUUUGUGAGCUUCAACUCAAUAGAGGCAAUGAGGUUAAUUUGGACAUUUUGCGGGACCGUCUAGCAGAAGCCCACAGGGAACAUCUCGAUAGGGGAUGUAGAUCGACUCCCAAGUUCCGCAUAGAGAGUAGAUUUGAUAUAACUGCAUUGUAUAUGCAUUGCCAUGCAUGCAAGACAUUUGAGAUUAUUCUGUAGGUUUAUCCUCUCAUGUAUAUAGUUCACACAUCCAUGUAGACUUGCAAAACAUUUCAUUGCAACUAAUAUCUAAUUUUCUUUUUUCCUAGCAA